AGUCAAGUUGCGGCGGGAAAUAAAAGUGUUUACGUGUCUUUGAAAGUUAGUUUUGUGUGACUGUAUGCAACCACACAAAGCAUCUGUGUUAGUUUUAUCCUUUCAGCAAAUAAACGCAAAACCCUCUUAAAGAGAUAUGUGUGACUAAAUUGCAAACUUAGGCCUAGUUAUUAAUAUUUUAAGAUUUGUUCUCUUGGCAGCUAAAUGGCAUCGCCUCUGCCUCCAGUCGAUACUGAACAGCAGAACAUUAUCGAUAAAUUGGCCGAAUUUGUGGCCAGAAAUGGGCCAGAAUUCGAAGCACUAACAAGUGAAAAACAGAGGGACAACCCAAAGUUCGCAUUUCUCCGAGGUGGCCAGUUCCAUGAAUAUUAUAUGUAUAGAGUAAACGAAGCUCGUAAAAUUUGGCAGCAGCAGUAUUCAACGAAAAAUAAAUCGCAUCAGGUUGGAGUAAUACUUUUUGAUAAUUUUAUGCCAGGGUUUAUAUGGUUUGUAAUACAUAUACGUAGUCAAGUGGGUUGUUUUGUAUGCGGUAGACUUGUCAUUUUCACGAAAAUAUUUGUUAGAGGAUUAGGCUUAAACAUUUGCUUUUUCAGCCGAGAUUAUAUUCCUUGGACGUGCACGUAACUGAUAGUCCAGGGUCGACUUUCUGUACUGAAACUAAGUAGUUGUGGUUAUAUAGCAUAUCCAAAAAGACCAUUGAACCCAACUUCUGGUUUUUAUUUUCACAACUAAUCCCAAAGCAUCAAGUCUGCAGAAUGGCUCAUAAUAUUUACUUGGUUGUUUGCUGUUAGUGUGCAUAUUCAAGAAUAACUGGACAAGAACAUUAGAUAGAUUAAGUUACCAAUCAAAUUAACGUUACUAAGUAAACAAAUGUGUAUUCGUUAGUGUGAAAGAGGUUAAAAUCGUUGUAUGUUUAUACAGUAACUACUGCGAAUCACACUUUUUGGAACUGAAGGCCAAUUCGUGUCCCAAGGCACGUUCACUCCCUGGUUACAUUUUUAUUAGACUCCAAACUUUACAUUCACUAAAAAGUAAAUAAAUAGAAGCCACGUAAGUCCACAUACAAAAAGUAUGAUAAGGGAGAUUUAGGGGCGAGAUGCCCAUGUGAUAAUUGUUUCUACUUUAAUAAAUGGAUGAAUAAAUUAAAAAUGAUAGGACAAUCAACCGCAUUGAUGGGUUGCUCAUUACUUAUACCCAAGUGAGGAGUAAGUUCAUCUCUAUGAUUGCGUUUAAUCGUGGGCCACAUUACUUAAAGUCCUUGUAUAUGACCCAAGUUUAAGCACUAGAGUUUCAAGAUUUCUGUCACCGGCUUCAACCCUACUCUGCCUAGUUUCGUUUUAACGUUAGUAAUAUAUCUGAUCUCUAUAGAACGUAUCUAAAAACUGUGCAGUUAAGUCCGGGUUUGUCUUUGGAGUUCCAAUGUGUUGUUUAGUUUAAUCUGAAUUUUUCGACCGUUGAUUUUUCACAAACACCGACAGAGAUUAUAGGCCCGUAAUACAGCUGAGAUAAAUCGGUACUUUCACUCAAUCAAUAACCUUAUAUUUUUGUCGGUUUGGUAGAGUAUACUCAUCUGUCUUCAAGUUAGACUUUUCUCUCUUGACUAGUAAUUUAAAACUUUUUCCAGAAAUCGCACGACUACUAUGAUUGUCGUAGGUCAUCCUCAACGAUAUUAAGGCUUGAUUGUUAUGCCCUAUUCUUGCCGUCAUAGAAGAAAGACGGCAUGGUACUAAUUGCUACGUGGCAAGUAGUUCUUACAAACCAGCUGGUCGUCUGUAAACGAGUCGUAGUUCAGACUGCUAAAUAGUAAAAUUUCUGACAGCGAUAUUGAGUAGUAUAUUGAAGUGUUCAACAGCAUUCUUUUUAAGAUAAAUAUCGGUUGUGGAAAGCUGUCAAAUAAAUUUCUAGCUAUAUCCUUAUUCAAUUUAACGGUUCAUAUAAACUCAUAUGUAGUCAGAUAGACACCAGUGUUUAAUUCCCUAUAAAGUACCUUACAACAGUUUAUAAAAAAGCAACAGAUAGUAAUAGUGAAUAGCGAUUAUAUUGGUUGAAGGGUAAAUAAAUUACAACAAGAAAUUCAGCAGUCUUGUACUUCGUGUCUUUACAGUUACUGACAAAUAAAAGCUAAAUAACCACGGUUUAAUGAAGUAAAACUUAUGUUACAUGAUCUAAAUAACUUUUUUCUGAAGAGGUAGCUUACGCUAAGUUGCGAGGCGUUAAAAAUUUGAUUUUAUACUCAAGAUGUUACACGUAUAUUUACAAUUUCACUAAUAACAAUCCAUUCGAUUCCCAGUUUAUUCGAUAAUAAUACCUGCGAAUGUAUUUUUAGUUUUGAAGUCUGUAUGAAAGUGUAUUUCGAUUGUCUCUUGGCUAUUGUAUGAGUGAAUAUUCGCAUUUAUUAAUUAAAUUCGCACAUCCUUCCUGAAUGUCUUUUGUAUACUUUGUUUGUUUCCUUCAUCAGCGAUAUUUGUACUUUCUGGUCUACUGCCGAUACCUUUCAGCUACUAGAUGAUUUUGCUUCAUUUGUCAAAUUAAUCAAAUUUUCUUUUUCCUUCAAUGUAUAUGGAUAGAAAACCAAUAACCUUGAAGCGUGUGUCCUUAAAAACUUUAACUAAUUAUAUACCACGUUUAUUAACAGUCUGAUGUUAUAAAUGCAUGUAUUCGUCGGUAGGGGUGGGUGGUCAUGUGUAAUAAUGGCUCCACAAAGAUCUGUUGGUAUUUAGUUCUGAUUGAUUACAAUGUCUGUCGUUGUUAGUUUGGCUCAACGGCCUAUUCUAUCUUUCUGUUAAGAUUCUCAAUUCCAGAUCCAACUGGGUCAAUAUGAAUGAACAAUGGGAUCAGUACGGUGGAAAUCCAGAUCAUUGGCAACGUUAUAGUUCCGCGCCACCAGGGCACUGUGGAUGGGGUGGUCCAGAUCCAUCAUGGUAUCCAAAGCCACAAUGGCCACAUUUUCAACAGGGUGUUCGAAUGCAUGGCAGUCAACCUGAAUAUCCAUACCAUCCUCCUUCGGAAGCGGUAGAUUCUUAUCGUCAUGGAAAUUAUAAUAAUCAUCCUCCAUAUGGUUACCCUGGACACCAUGGAGCAUUCCCGAUUCAGCAGUUUUCGUUUGGACCUGAGACUUAUCGCGCACCGAGACCUCACUAUGAUUACCAAGUUUCUGGUGGUUCUGAACUAGGAGAAGCCGAUAUCGAACAAAGUGAGAAAAAUUUGGCUGCUCAGCAUGAGUCGUUGCUUGCUCGUCAAAACGUUGAAAUUCUCGAGCUCUUAGACAAAAAGAGAGAGGAAAAUGUUAGGAAAACUGGAGAGCAAUUGAAUAUGUCUUGGGAACAGAUGAACGAAAUGAUCCAACCACUCAUUGAAGCCUGUACAAAAGAAAAUAUAUCUAAAGGAAAAUCUUGGGUUGUUGACAAAAUGUCUGAGUCACCUGAGCUAACUAAGCUAAUGUCUGAUUAUCUAAUAACGCGUGCAAGUGCUAUUGGUGUUACAUUCGAUUUAAGGCUCCACUUGGUAUACCUGUUAAACGACCUACUUCAUCAUUCUAAACGUCGUGGUGCUCCUGUUCAUCUGCAAGAAGCUUUACACGAAACAGUGCCGGUAAUUUUCUGCCUAGCGACCGAGAUUGCAGAUGAUGAACAAAGAGCCAAAAUUAAUCGUGUUUUAAGCUUGUGGGAAACCAACUCUUAUUUGCCAGUCGAAGUUUUGGUUAAGAUGCGACCUCCAGAAUCAGGUAAAUUCUUAGCGGAAUGGAAAGAAAGUCAGUCAAAGCCGUUUGAAAGUGAAAUAGACAAAAUAAAAGCAAAUAUUAUGAAUCAGUACACUAGUCUUGAGCGACAACAUCAAGAGUUUGCAGAUCAUGUACUACGACAGUUAGCUUCAUCACAUUCCGAUAAGUCUGAUGAAGCAUCUAUCUCUGAUAAUCAUCAUUCCCAAUAUGGAUCAUCUCAUCAUCCUAUGCAGAAUGUUGAUCCAAACUUUACGUACUGGGGUCCACCACCACAGACUACUGGAGGAUUCGAUAUGCUUCCACAGGACAUGAUGAGCGGGUCAGAUCCAAGAGAUAUGCAACGUCGAAUGCCUGGUUAUCCCCCACCUUCACAAAUUUCAGGGUAUACAGGACCUGGUGUUGGUGGAGCAAGUUAUCCUCCUCAAAUGGGUUGGCCACCUGGGCAACAUGAUUCUGCAAAAUGGAAUCAAUCUGUGCCGAACUACAACUCUCAACCUGGACAUAAAAACUUUGGUGGUCAUGAGUUAAGCAGCAAUGUAUAUAUUGAAGGUGAAGAACCAGAAGAUGAACAAUCUGUGUAUCCUAAUUCGUCUUAUGAAUGCGGAUCUUAUGGAGGUUAUUAUAAUAAUAACAAUAACGAUUACCGACAGUAUGAAGAUUCUUCUCAUGGUGUUCGAAAUACACGAGACAAUCAAAGUAAUCGUGAUGAGAAACCUCGAACAUUCCGUGGUAGUCGUCCUUCAAGAUUUUCUUCGGCUCCAUCUCAUCCUGAGACAGGUAAUGAAAAGAAAAUUGAUCGCAGCGAUACUGGAAAAAAUACUGUCAGUAUGGAACAGCAACACAUAACACCUAAGAUUGAUCUAGAAAUGCCAAAAAAUUCAGAAAAUUCCAUGAUACCGGUUGUUGAAUCUUAUGACAUAAAUCAAAAAUUCCCCGCUUGGCAAUUACCUGCAGGAUUAGUGCAUCCAUUGAUUCGAUUAAAAGAUUUUGAUUUUACACCACUAAACGAAAGCAAUUUGCAAUUAUUACCUCCAACUACACCGUCUGAACGUUUGCUUAUGGCAUUGGAGAAUUUCUACAUGCCACCCACCCCAGAUAAACCACGUGACGGCGAAGGUUGGGAACAUAUGGCUCUUCAUGAAUUUUAUACGAAAAAAGAACGCGCUCGUCCUUCUGAGCAUAAAGAAAACGAUAGAGACAACACAUCCACCAGUAAAGCAAAGUCGAAUCGACGCCGUCAACAUAGUGGAGGUAGUUAUGCAAGUAGUCAUUCGGAAUAUGAUUUCACAAAUGAAUUAGUUCCAGACCUUCAACAUGACAUAGUGGUUGACGUUGAAAAACCAUUUUCACGCGAUAAUUCAGAUAAGGAAGGUCCCCUUGGACCAUCACAAUUAGCAUAUAUAACAUCUUAUCCCAAACUUGCAGUAGGUCAACCUCUUCGAACUGGCCUUGAAGCAUUGACAUUGGCCCCUCCUCCUAUGCAAUGUAUGCAAGGGCAGCUGACACAUAAUUAUAGUGCUUAUAAAACAGCUGGUAUUCAACCGGGUAUUCCCAUACCUGUCCCUCCGUUACCAGGUUUACUAGGCGCCAUUCCACCUGGACCAAGUGGAUUCCCUAAUACAAGCUUUCUACAAUUUCCUCCUCCGGUCAAUCAGCCACCACCAACCCUUCCACUGCCUCAAGGUUUGAUCCAAAGACCCCCACCAGGAUUUUCUGUUGACCGUUUUGAAUCUCGUGGAUCGCGAUCUCGUUCUAGAUCUGAUUCACGUUCAAAGUCUCAUUCUCAUUCCGCGGAUUCACGUUCUCGUGACUUUCGUUCUCGUUCACGAUCACAAUCUGGAUCUCAUAGUUCUCAGAGUAGAUCGCGGUCACGCUCUGAUUCUCGUGAUUCUCGUUCCAAAUCUGUAUCACCUAAUAAUGAUGAUGAAACGGGUAGCAACCAGUCACGUGGUCUUUCAAGAGAUCGAAGACGUAACAGAUCACGUUCACGAAGUUCAGGUUCACCGUUUGCUCGAUUCACUUCAGCGCCUGGACCUGGUGGUUUAGGAGCAGCCAGUGGAGGCGGUAGCGGUGGGAAUAUAAAUGCUGCUCGUGCUGCUGCAAUAGCAGCUGCGGUUUCCAUAGCUAAUUCAAUUAACGCACAAUCUGGCUGGUCGAAUAACAAUGUUAGUAAUAGUAACAAUACUAACAAUAAUAUACCCACUAACGCAUUUAACAACCAAGGCUUUAGCGGGCCUGGUCUUUUACCAGGUGGUCCGUACGCAGAUACCAAUAGAAUAACCUACUAUGGCGGCGGAUUUCAGCCUAACCAGGGACAACACAAUCGUGGCGGUGGUGUUGGCGGAGGCGGUUCACGUGGUGGUUACAAUCCCAAUAAUUUACCAGGGCGAGGAGGCAGUAAUAUGCGAUACCAUGGGUCGGACGAUCGCUUUUAUCCACCUCCACGCGAUCACCAACGUCGAUAAAAAUGCUUUACUUGUUCAUGAGAUAUUUUCGAAUUAUACUCUUUGACUUUUGCAUUGUUUCUAUUAAUGAAUAUCAUUCAUGUGACUGUAAAUUUAAACAAUUUAAAUACAACUAUGUAUUGUUUGUUAU